CCUUUACGCACUUUACAAUUACGCCCCAUGGAAAAGAAAAGAAAAGCUUACAGUCUGCACUGAUCGAAAAAAUCUUCUAGCAGCAGUAGUGGAAUCCAUCAGUGCUCUCUCAAACUCAAACUCAAACUCAAACUCAGAAACUCAUCUAGGGAAAGAGCUAACAUCUUUCUUUCUUUAUUUUAAACUGUGCGUUUAGUAGUAUGAUCUAGAAGUUUCUGAUCGAAAGAAAGUGAUAAUGCCAAGACAAAACAGAGGAGGUGGGGUGGAUUUGAUACCUGGAAAGAUCAGAAAGCGAGGCUGCACGUCGUCGGCGUCUUCGUCUUCGUCGAUACUGCAAAACUACAGGUUCAAGAGAGCGAUACUUGUUGGGAAGAGAGGCGGAUCCACUACGCCCGUGCCUACAUGGAGGCUCAUGAGCUCGUCUCGAUCUCCUGCUUCUGCAUUGCGCGGUGCCUUGGACUCGCCCAAACCGAGCGGCCUCAGAACCAAGCAUCAGCAUCAGAACCAAUCGCAGCAGCCGCCGCCGCCGCCCGUCUCGGCGAGGAAGCUGGCGGCGACGCUUUGGGAGAUGAAUGAGAUUCCGUCGCCGAGCCCGAGCGUCAGAGAGAGCUCCGACGAGCGGCGGAUGAGAAGGAAGGAAGCGAUCAGAGGUAGAGAGAGAAUCGCUCGGUCCAUGCACUCCGGCUCUCUGCCGCCGCAUUUGUCCGAUCCGUCUCACAGUCCCGUUUCUGAGAGAAUGGAUCGGUCUGGAACUGGAAGUCGUCGGAGACAAACGCCGUCGAUUUCUCAGAGACUUAGGCUCACGGAUCACCACAACGGCUUCGAUGCUCUCAGCAAUGCUAGUUUAAUGGAGAUUGAAACUAGAUCUCGAGCUCAAACUCCGAGCGCAUGUACAUCGACAGUUGGAGUGAAAACGCGUUUGAAGGAUGUUAGUAAUGCUUUAACCACAUCGAAAGAGCUACUCAAGAUUAUCAAUCGAGUUUGGGGCCAUGAAGAUCGGCCUUCGACUAGUAUGUCGCUUAUCUCGGCCUUACAUGCCGAGUUGGAGAGGGCUAGGUUGCAGGUGAAUCAGCUAAUCCAGGAUCAGAGGUCGGAUCAGAGCGAGAUAAGUUACUUGAUCAAGUGUUUUGCGGAGGAGAAGGCGGCGUGGGAGAGUAAAGAGCAGGAAAUUGUGGAGGCCGCGAUUGAGUCUGUGGCGGGUGAGCUUGAGAUGGAGAGGAAGUUGAGGAGACGGUUGGAGAGCUUGAAUAAGAAGCUCGGGAGGGAAUUGGCGGAGACGAAGGCGUCUCUUGUUAAGGUUGUGAAGGAAUUGGAGAGUGAGAAGAGAGCGAGAGAGAUUGUGGAACAAGUAUGUGAUGAAUUAGCUAGGGAUGUUGGGGAAGAUAAUAUAGCUCAAGUGGAGGAGGAAGUGAAGAAAACUCGUAAAGAGGUUGAGGAGGAGAGGGAGAUGAUGCAAUUAGCUGAUGUUUUGAGAGAGGGGAAAGUUCAAAUGAAACUGGCUGAGGCGAAACAUCAGGUUGAGGAGAAGAAUUCGGCAGUUGAUAAGUUGAGAAAUCAACUCGAAGCUUUUUUGGGGACUAAAAGAGGGAAAGAGAGAGGAGGGCGGAAUUCUGUAAGUCAUCAUCAAAGGAAUGAUGAUGACAUUGCUGCAUUGUUAAGUAGAACUCGCUUUAGUUCCUAUAAUUCAAGUGACGAAAAAGAUGAGGAUGGAGGAGAAGUAGUGGAAGAUGGAGAAGAGUGUGAACAAGUCUCAGCUGAAAGUGAUCUUCAUUCGAUAGAGUUGAAUAUGGACAACCAUAACAAGAGCUAUAAGUGGAAUCAUAAUUCCGGAUUUGGUCAUGAUCCAAGAAUGGCUCAAAUUGAGGAAGAAGAAACCAGAGGAAGGAAGUCUACCUCUGGGAGAGCACCGAGGAGAAGCACUACUUUGCAAAGGAGUAUAUCUGAUGGGGUUGAACUCCAUAAUUCGGAUAGGUUAGAUUGGGGGAGAUUGUUGGAGAUUGAAAAGCAAUCUCAGGGAAAAGGGUAUGCAGAUGAAUUGAUGCAGGGAUAUAAAUCAGUAAAGGGUCUAAGGGACCAAAUGUUGUCUAAUUCUGGGAUGGUUUCCCCCAGAGUUAGUGCUAGUCCAACACGACAAAUGGGGCCGCCUUGGCCUUCCCGUGAUCUUGUCAAUGCAGCUCAGGAGAGAACAGCUAUGGCGCAGGGUGGUUUGAAGUCGAGGCUAGCAGAAACCGGAGGUGUAGGCCACAAUGCAAGGAAAUCCAGGCGGUGAAAAUCACUCUGUUUGUGAACCAAUGCUUUUGCUUGCAUUCUCCACCGGCACUGGACCUAUGACGAUGGAUGCUGAAUGCAGAAGGGACUAGUUUGGAGGAAGCGCUUACUUGCAAAGCCAAUCGGAGAAAACUUAACAGAUGGUGAAAGGUGUCUUUUUGUUGAUUUAAGGUUGCUAUCCCUCAUAGCAGCUCAAGUUGCAGCAAGCUCAGUUUGCAUUAGAAUGUUGUCUGUUUGUAGGAAUAUUUGUGUCUAUAGUUUUUCUUUUUGUAGAAAGUUGUACUAAUUAAGCGAAGUUUCUCUUAAAUACAAAUACUUCUAGUAUUACUGGGACAGAGUAUGCUAGGAGUAUUGUGUACUCGCGGCUAUUUGUAAUAUUUCUCGUCCACCUUGAAGGGUAUCUAUAUCUGACUUUUUUGAAUUAUAUGCUAAAGUUUUAUUA